AUGGUGUUGUGGUGGUGGUCCGUGUGGGCGGGAACCUUGGUCGUCGACGGGGCGCGUUGGAUCUUGACGUUGGACGCGUACGACGAAGAAUGUUUCUUACUCCGGACUCCCACCACACAUUCCUCACGUCGUCGGAAUCCCCCGCAACCCGUACUCACGGGUGACUACGGACUCAUCGACGACGUGUCGGCUGAUCCGUUGCUUCUUUACGUGACGCAAGGCAGUGACGAACGCGUCGUCUACCAAACUCGGGGUCGACCCUCCGAUACCUUUCGACUCCCAGUGCAACUCAAGGAACAAUACUGGCUGUGUAUUCAGAAUUCGUCACACGGACCGGAAGACCACCACUUGGAAGAACCGGAACACGAAGACGGACGAACCCGACGCGUCGGAUUGGCCUACCGACUCGAAUACGAUCACAACCAACACGACAAUGAUGACGACGACGACAAUAAUAAUAAUCACCACCGAUUGCCACAAGAGGUUCAGUCGCACGCAGACGAAUGGCGCACGCAGUCUGGGGACAUUCACGAUCAGUUCCGCAAUCUGCAAUCGCAUCACGAGUAUCUCAAGGUCCGCGAAUCCAAUCACCGGGCCCUGGCUGAACAUAACUUUUCCGCCGUACUCAUCUGGACGUUGGCCGAAGCCGGCGUCGUCCUCACCGUGGCCUGCGCACAAAUACUUUACCUGCGCAGAUUUUUGGAACGACAAAAUUCCCGAAUGUACUAA